ACUUUAAGGGACAGUUCAGGUCAGCAGCAGAACAGCACAGACAGACGAGAAAGAGGCUCUAGGCUACUCUAAUGGUGUUGUGGUGGUAACUCAAGGGAAAAUGUCAGGAAACCAAGAAAGUGGCUGUUUGACUUUCUAUGUCAACGGGAAAAAGGUUACUGAGCGCGAUGUUGACCCUGAAACAAUGCUGUUGCCUUACCUACGUAAAAGGAUGAGGUUGACAGGUGCCAAGUAUGGUUGUGGUGGAGGAGGAUGUGGAGCCUGCACCGUCAUGCUUUCCCGCUACCAGGUCCACUCCAGGAGCGUUGUCCACUGUGCGGUGAACGCCUGCCUGCUGCCCGUGUGCCAGCUGCAUGGGGCAGCGGUGACCACCGUGGAGGGCAUCGGCAGCACCAAGACCAAACUGCACCCCGUCCAGGAGCGCAUAGCAAAGGCUCAUGGUUCUCAGUGUGGCUUCUGCACCCCUGGUAUGGUGAUGUCCAUGUACACUCUACUGAGGAACAAGCCCCAGCCCACCAUGGAGGACAUCACAGAGGCACUGGCUGGUAAUUUGUGUCGCUGCACUGGAUACCGUCCCAUUCUGGAUGGAUACAAGACCUUCUGUGAGAGUUCAAACUGUUGCCAAAACAGUGGAGCCAAGUCCUGCUCCAGUGGAAACUCAAUUUCAGAGAAUAAUUCAAACUGUUGCCAGCAGAAUGGCAAAGAGCCUGGUCGAGCAAAUGGAAACGAGGUUACAGAUGACCUUGAGAAUGGACAUCUUAAGCUCUUCAACAUAGACAAUCUACUCCCGCUGGAUCCAACCCAGGACCUCAUCUUUCCCCCAGAGCUCAUCAGGAUGACCGAGAGCGGGCUUCAGGCGACCCAGACCUUCCGUGGAGAACGGAUCACCUGGGUGUCCCCCGUCUCCCUGGACGAGGUCGUGGACCUGAAGUCUCGCCAUCCCGAAGCACCCAUUGUCAUUGGCAACACCAACAUCGGUCUGGACAUUAAGUUUAAAGGGAUCCUGCAUCCAUUCAUAAUUUCGCCGACCAGAGUGCCAGAUCUGUUUGUGGUGAAGAACACUCCUCAGGGUGUGAGUGUAGGUGCAGGCUGCAGCAUGUCUGUGGUGCGUGCAGCUCUGGAGGAUCUGGUGCGGACGCUCCCGCUGGGCCAGACGGAGGUCCACCGUGCCUUGCUGCAGCAGCUGGGGAACCUGGCCGGACAGCAGAUCCGUAACGUGGCCACCCUGGGUGGUAACAUUGUCAGUGCCUAUCCAAACUCGGAUCUGAACCCUGUCCUGGCCGCUGGAAACUGCAGACUCACUGUAGUAUCAAAGGCAGGGGGAAGGCGAGAGAUCCCCAUGAAUAAAGAUUUCUUUGUGGGCUUCGGGAAGACUCUCCUAAACCCAGACGAGAUUGCUGUGUCUGUUUUCAUUCCUAUUUCCCGAAAGGGAGAGUUUGUGCGGGCGUUCCGUCAGGCUCCGCGUAAGGAGAACGCUCUGGCCACUGUGAACGCAGGCAUGCGAGUGCGGUUCCAUGACGGUUCUAGUGUGGUGGACGAGCUCAGCAUCUUUUACGGAGGUGUCGGACCCUGCACUGUCGGCGCCUCCAAGACAUGCCAGCAGAUCAUUGGGAGGCCAUGGGGAGAGGAGGCAUUGACCGCUGCCUACCCCGUACUCCUGGAGGAGAUACUCCUGCCUCCAUCUGCCCCGGGGGGCAAAGUGGCCUUCCGCCGGGCACUGACUCUCAACUUCCUCUUCAAGUUCUUCCUGCAGAUGCAGCAGAAGCUUGCAGAGAUGGGCAUCAUUACAGACGACCUGGAGCAGGACAUGAGGAGUAGCCUAGAGGCGUUACCUAAUGACUUCUUGCCCAGCUAUCAGGAGUUCCAGGACGUGUUGGAAGGUCAGCCGGGUCAGGACCCCGUCGGCCGUCCCAUGAUGCAUCGAUCCGCCCUGAGCCAGGCCACAGGAGAAGCGGUCUACUGCGAUGACAUGCCCAAGACAGAGGGGGAGCUGUUUCUCUCCCUGGUCACCAGCACCAAGGCUCACGCCAAGAUCCUGAACAUGGACGUUAGCGCCGCCCUCGCCCUGCCUGGUGUGGUCGAUGUCAUCACAGCCCGAGACAUCCCCGGCAAGAAGUUCCGCAUGUUCUGUGGCAUGAACGAGGAGCUACUGGCUGAGAAGGAGGUGACGUGCGUGGGACAGAUGGUGUGUGCGGUUGUCGCGGACACCAAACCGCACGCCAAACGGGGAGCCGCGGCCGUGAAGAUCACUUACGAGGACCAGCCCGAACUAGUGUUCACGGUGGAGGAGGCGAUAGAGAAGAAGUCUUUCUUUGAGCCUCUGAGAGAAAUAGAGAGAGGCAAUGUGUCUGAAGGCUUUAAAAUGGCCGACCACAUUCAUGAAGGAGAGAUCCGGAUUGGUGGGCAGGAACAUUUUUACAUGGAGACGCAAAGCAUGCUGGUCAUCCCAGUGGGGGAGGAGGGGGAGAUGAAUGUUUAUUUGUCCACGCAGCAUCCAGCCAUGGCUCAGGACUCUAUAGCCGAGACCCUGGAUAUUCCCUCUAACAGGGUGACAUGUCACAUAAAACGCAUCGGAGGUGCCUUUGGAGGGAAGGUCACCAAAACAACUAUUCUGGCCUGCAUCACUGCAGUAGCUGCAUGGAAGACAGAGCGGUCAGUGCGCUUGGUGUUGGAGAGGGGGGAGGACAUGCUGAUCACAGGGGCUCGUCACCCCGUCCUGGGACAGUACAAGAUUGGCUACAUGAAAGACGGGCGCAUAACUGCAGCCGAUGUGAAGUACUACGCCAAUGCAGGAAACACUGCAGAUGAGUCUCCACUGAUUGUUGCAAAAAUCCUGCUCCAUUUUGACAAUGCCUACAACAUUCCCAACAUGCGUGGCAGGUCUGCCGCCUGCAAAACCAACCUUCCGUCCAACACGGCCUUCCGUGGCUUUGGGGUUCCGCAGUGCAUGCUGGUCACGGAGAGCAUCAUCAACGACGUCGCCCUCAAACUCGGACGCCCUGCUGAAGAGAUCCGUGAGUUGAACAUGUACAGGGGCUCGUCUCUGACCCACUACAAGAUGCCGUUCGACCCGGAGAACAUGCUGCGCUGCUGGGAGGAGUGCAAGCGCCGGUCCUCCAUACAGCGUCGCCGUGGCGACAUUGCCCAGUUCAACCAGCACAACCGCUUCAAGAAGAGAGGCCUCGCCCUCGUCCCCAUCAAAUACGGCAUCGGCUUCGACAUUGCUUUCCUCAACCAGGCUGCUGCUCUGGUACAUAUCUUCCAGGACGGCUCUGUACUGGUUAAUCAUGGAGGAGCGGAAAUGGGCCAAGGCAUCCACACAAAAAUGCAACAGGUGGCCAGUCGUGAGCUGCGGAUCCCCACCUCUCUGAUCCACAUCUCCGAGACCAACACCCACAUGGUGCCCAACACCUGUCCCUCGGCCGCCUCCUUUGGCACCGAUGCCAACGGCAUGGCAGUCAAGGAUGCCUGUGAAACCCUUUAUAAGAGACUGGAGCCCAUCAGGAAGAGGAACCCAGAGGGCCCCUGGCAGAGCUGGAUCAAAGCUGCUUUUCUGGAGAAAAUUAGUCUCUCGGCCACAGGAUACUACAGGGGUCAUGACCUGUACAUGGACUGGGAGAAGCAGGAGGGUCAGCCCUACGCCUACUUCACCUAUGGAGUGUGCUGCUGUGAAGUAGAGCUUGACUGUCUAACUGGAGACUACAGGACCAUAAGGACAGACAUGGUGUUUGACAUUGGCAGGAGUAUUAAUCCCUCUAUUGACAUCGGUCAGAUUGAGGGCGCGUUUACGCAGGGUGUGGGCCUUUACACCAUGGAGGAGCUGAAGUUCUCCCCGUCUGGAGUGCUGUACACGCGUGGACCAGGCCAGUACAAGAUCCCGGCCGUGUGUGAUGUUCCGCUCCAGUUCAACAUCUACCUGCUGCGCGGCACCCAGAACCCCCACGCCAUCUACUCCUCCAAGGGCAUUGGAGAGCCGGCGCUGUUCCUGGGCAGCUCCGUGUUCUUCGCGCUGAAGGACGCGGUGGCGGCAGCGCGGAGCGACGCAGGACUCAGUGGGCCCUUUGAGUUCCACAGCCCGGCGACCCCAGAGACGGCCUGCCUGGCCUGUGCCUCCCACCUCACACAGAUGGUUCCAAUCAGCAAGCCCGGGUCCUUCCAGCCAUGGGCGAUCGAGACUCCUUAAGUUCUCCCUGCACUGCAGCAAUUAUACUUGAUUACACAGCUUGAAAAUUAUAGUCAUAUUUACAUUACCACCGUCUAUGUAAAUCCUGCUGAGCUUUUGUAUUGAAAUAAGACUCAAUGUUACACAAUCCUUGUAUUAUAUAAUGUCAAAACAUGUACUUUAUCAUCAGACAGACUGUUGUAAUAUGAUUAUUAAAUACAGUAUUGAUUAAAUAUGGUACUGAUUUUAUCACACUUA